CCCUUUUCCUGGCCAAGGAUUGUCAAUAAAAGGCCAGGUUUUCGUCAUGUUGAGUCAGUUUGGGGAAAAGCGACAACCUCAAGAAUAUAGACCAAGAGCUGUAUAAAUCCGAUUCCACCAUGAAGGUUCUCUCUGCGGUUUUGGUCCUCGUGUCGGCUGCGGCUAUUCUUCAAUACAACACAGCUGCAGCAGCAUGUGAUGUUUGCGGUAGCUGUCUAAAUUGCGGAGACCAUGGUUACUGUGCGGUAUCAUUCGGUACAGCAGUGUGUUACUGUGAUGCAGGAUGGAGGGGGACUCUCUGCAACGAACUUGACCCAAACCAGAUACCCAUCGUUUCAUCGCCCUGUGACCCCAACCCUUGUCAAAACAGUGGACACUGCAAUCCUCAUGAUGACGGGUACAUCUGCACCUGCAUGGCGUUUUUCACUGGUACCAAUUGCGUAGAAACUACCACUCUGAAUCCGUGUGAGCUGGCGGCUCAGGUGGCCGAUCCUUGCCCAGGGAGGCAGUGUGUAUGGUUUCAAGGCGGUGGCCACUACUGCAGUUCUUAAACAAAACCCUCUCGGGUGAGUCCAGGGGAAACUGGCCAUAGUUGAGCGAAUGAGGGCGCUGUUCCACGACAUUGUGGGGUCCAAACAUAUUUGCCCUCGUCAAGUGCACGACAAUUCUUUGAUGCACGUAUUUUUGUUUGUACAUGAAAAAAUUGUGCUCAGAGUUUAAUCACAUACUCACUCGGUUUUUUUUUUACAUGUUUAGUCUAAGAAAUGUUCAGGAAUUUGCACAGUAUGAAAGCCUGAUAGUGCCAUUAAUAAUAAAAUAUACAAAAGUAAAAACAAUAUUGCACAGUAAUGUUUGUGUGUUCCGAGACAGUUGUUAAUGAACGUGUGAUAAAAGUGGGUAUUCAGCCUGUCAUUUGCCUUCAACUCGAUACAUCACUCUUAUUUGCAUUUACAAUUUAUACCAGAUGGUACUAAUGGGCUUCUGUACGAUGCAUAAACAUGUCACAAACAUCCAUUAAUCUAAACAUGUCGUAGAUUCAAACACGAGAACAAAUUGGUACAAAGUGUUUAGAAACGUGUCCAAACUCUAAACACGGUUUUUACAGUGUAAUUCUUUGUGGGAUCUAAAUAAAUAUUGAAAAUUCAUUGUAGUGAUUCAUUUGACUACCGUGUCAGUUUCUUUGUUGUAUUUAGUACCAGUUAUAGGGGUUCCUUUUAUAAGAACUAAUUAAAGACUUCUACAAUAUUGUUUGUUUUAGAAGUCCUUCGUUUUGCAAUUCUUCGGAAUUAAUGGGCCUGUUACAUACAUGAGGAUGCACUCAACAAUUGUACAUUGGCAUGCUAUCACAGUACGAACACAGAAAACGCCUAUUUGUAUAUUUCAAGGCUUAUUGGAGCUGUCAACAUAUGGUGUUAGCCUACCGCUCGUAAUAGUUAAAAAAAGGGAAAUUCAGAAGGAGAUUUUUGAAGUGCAGCAUACGGUACUCUCUAGGACAUGAAAGCAGAACAGAGAAAGAGAGAAAGACAUAUGCUUAAAAUCAUAUGAUUAUGGUCAUGAAAUUUACACCGAGUGAAUAAAUGUGUGUGGGCACUUGUCCACAUUUCGUAACGGAAGCUCUUGUCGAGAUCCAACGCAGAGUGUACAGUUGCCCGAUUCACCGAGCUCCAUGCGCGCAUCAGUUGCACGCAGCGUAGGACUACCACUAUCCAAGAAUCUACUUUCAUUCGACAUGAUGAGGAUAACAGCAAAGCAUUGCCUAGCCGCACUCUUGACAACGGUUGUAAUGUUGACUGGAAACGAGGCUGUUGCCUGUAGCCUUUGCUUCUGUCUGGAUAACAGUCCCAAUGAGAGCUGCGUGAAUGGUUAUUGCUACCUCUACCGUUCGACUGCCUACUGUAACUGCUACAGAGGCUACAUGGGCAACAGAUGCCAUCUACCUGUACCAACGCAGAUAAACAGUCCGUGUGAGCCAAACCCAUGCAAGAACCACGGGUAUUGUCAGGAGUACCAAGGGGGCGCCCUUUGCACAUGCGUAACGGGAUUCACAGGUGUCUUCUGCGAAUCAACCACGGAUGCCAGUCCAUGCGAUGACGCUGUCUGUUUAGCGGAACAGACGUGUGUGGCGCUACAACUCGGCUACAUCUGCGUGUGAAACUGAAUACGACUCUCAUGCAACACUAGCCUUUCACACAGGCGGUACUUAUUUGCUAAUGAAGACCCUUAUUGUUGCCUUCUUUUUUUCCCAAUUAUUUGGAUUUUUUCAACAUGUCCCAUUAUGUUUGCACACUAAACUCUUCCGAGGACCUGGGCUCAGGUUCUCUGUGUUAUAGUUAUAGCAUAAGCUAGUGUUCCUAGUCCUCAGACAUACAGGACAACAAUGUCAUGCCAGCUUUUACCUUCCAGAGUUUGCAAUUCCUAUACUCUUAAGAACUAUCCCCAUUAAAGAAGAUACCAUGUCUUAUAACGAAGCUGGCCAUUCGGAUCCAAAAAUGCAAGAUUUCGCCCAAUAUGCAGUGACAGUAUUCCAUAUAACGUUAGCGGGAUGAAUAGUAUAGUAAAUUAUUGUUUUAUUUUUGGUCACUUCUUCGUUACUGACCGAACUUUUGACUGCAAUUAUUCGUGCUCUUGUUUUCCACAUAAACAUGUGACGUGGUAUGCCUCGGACGACUAAAAAUAAAAGUGUCUUGAAAUCAUUAUUCG